CCGUGACAUCGGCUGGACGACGACGAUGACGAUGAUGAGCGUUGUUGGGGUCAGCAGGAGCUCUGUUGGUGCAGGUGUGUGUGUUGGCGUUGUUGUGCUGGUUGCGGUUGUUGCUGCCGUGGUGAGCGGCGAUGCUGGUGCUGGUAGUGGAGGCAUUGAGGUGCCUGAGCUGCACGUGGAGAAUGGAUCCGUGUACCUCGAUGUGAACGCAGAUCGGGGUGUGUGGGUGCGGCGUUUCAACUCGGAUGGCAGCCACAACCAGAGUUUUGCGCUGACAGACCUGACGCCACAGUUGCUGUCCGUGAUUUCGCAGCAACAGGAGACGAUCCAGCAGCUUUCGAGUGCCAUUGACCAGCUCAACUCCACCAAGGUGUCGUUCCAUCAGCUGGAAAUUGACCUUGAUGCUGUCACCACCAACAUCGACUUUGCACGCCAAGCAGCCGAGAUGAACGCUGCCAACGAGCGCAGCACUUUGAGCACAGCCAUCGCUUCUUCCACCAGCACAACCGUGGCAUCUCUCAGCACGGCUGUAGAUAUGGCGCUUGACACGAAAGCAAACACGCGGGAAGUGGAGAACAAUCUCGGCGACGUUGUUGAGCACGUGACAAACCUUGAGGAAGCAGUCCUUGAUCUGCAACACACCACCGGCAACCACACCGACGACAUUGAGGCCCUUCUCGAGUGCAUGCGGCGUGGCCUUGUGCACGAUGAUGUGACGGGGAGGUGCGUGCCUGCCUUCCGACACGACGACUGCUCGGCGCACAUCGAUCCCGCGGGCAUGAGCGUCGACUGCACCAACGGCCCCAUCUUCGACUCUGUGUGCACGCUCGUGUGCCCAAGCGGCUAUGAUGGUGGCGGCAAGUUCCGCUGCAACCUCACAGAGGGGUGGGAGCCGUAUGAGGAAGGCGCGUCGCUGUGUCGUGACGUCGAUGAGUGUUCGCUGACACCGUCGCCCUGUAUGGGCACGUGCACCAACACCAUCGGCUCCUUCGAGUGCUCCUGUCCUGGUGGUGAACUCGCUCCCAACGGCCGCGACUGCACACAAACAACGGCCAUUCCCAGAGCAAGUCACUGGGACAACCAGGUGUAUGAUCAGAACACAUACAUGAACGACAUCAUCGUCACACAGAACGGCGACAAUGCCGGUGCUUCCUAUCACGGCCGCAGCAUGGGCACGGAGAUCAUCCCCAUUGACCAGCACCGCGUUCUCUACUGCCUGAGCAUGGGCAAGAGCCGCGGUACGGACUACGUGACGCUGCAGGUGUACGGGUACCUGACAGGCGAAGGCAUCAUCUCCACAUCCCAGAUCAGGAAUGCGCGCAUUGCAAGCAGCGGCGGGUUUUCGCAGCACAGCUUUGGCAAGCCCGAGUUCGUCCCAAGCCACGCUUACGCCAUCUUGGGCGCUGUGACGACGUUCGCCUCCACGCGUCGCGAUCACUACUCUGUUUCCAUUGGCCGGUCCUUCAACCCGACAUACAACUCAUGGGACAAUGAGCCGUUUUCCACUUCAACAGACAGCGCCGCUUUUGCAAACUAUGUGCAUCUGACGCACAAUGGGGAUGCGAGCGGGAUGGACGACUACUACGGAAUGUCGCACGGUUCUGUGCUCUUUCCGACACUCAGCGGCGGUGGAUUUAAGGUGCUGAACAAUCAAGGCUGGAACGGCGGUGGGACAUCGUAUUUCACGCUCCAGGUGAACGGGUAUGUGCCUGGUGGCGGGUACUCCAACAUCAAGUUCUUUGAUCCGAGCGAUGUGAAGCGGCUCAAGUUCACCGUGACCAACGCGCCAGUCAAGCACACGGACAUCACACCCCCGGAUACGGUGCCGUCGACGGCAAAGGCGCUCAUCACGCUGCUGUACACGUACCAGGACCGCUCGAAUCUGGAGCAUAUGGUGCACUCGUUUGGCCGCAGCGCGUCGCAUCGCACAGAUCCCUGGGACAACGUGGUAUAUGCGGCAAACACAUAUCUCAACGACAUCCUCAUCACACACGAGGGUGCGCCUUCCGCCACGUGGUACUACGGAUUCUACCACCCGACCCAAGUCAUCCCACUCAAGGAGAAUGGGCAAUUCGAGGCCUACCUUGGCAUGGACAAAUCCGGCACGCAGACACACUACAUCACCAUGUUUGUCCACUAUGAUUACAAGACGUGGAGCGCCACGUUUGCUGCCGUGAAAGAUCCAGAGACCAUGAGCAGCUCCAACUACUACGACACACGCCCGAGUUUGGCAAGGCCAAUCAACAACACCAGUUCCCACACAGCAGCAGCGCCACCCACGCGCCUGUAUCCCUUGCAUCGUAACACUAGCAGCCACGCCAGCAUCCACAACGCCUCAACCACCCGCGGUAGCAGCAGCAGCAAGACGCGAAUCACCGCACAUUCAGGGACAUACCUCGCCACCAACACAUCCCCUUUGCUUCGGCAACGAAGCUCGACCACCACCCGUACAAGCAGCCCGCAAUCGCACGUCGUUGGACGAGCCUCUGCACUACCGACAGGGCGGCACCAGCUCACAUCCAUCUUGCCUUCCAAGGGUGCGGGGAGCCGACCUUCGUAUCGCGUGCCAUCCCAAGCAUCGCCGCCCUCCACAUCAUCUCUGUCGUCUUCGGCCUCGAGACACCGCCUUGCAAGCCACACGCGAAACGCUGCACCACCAGCGCCAGCGUCAACAGCCAUAAAGGGCCGCCCAACAUCGCCAUUGGGUCGCAGUGUGAGCAGAACGACAGCAACAGCUACAGCGUCAGCUACAGCUUCAACUGCAGCUACGCUUGCGACGGCUACAGCUGCGGGUGGUUCUUCAAACACAAACACAACCACCGCAUCCUUGCCCUCCUCAUCUUCAUCAUCCAUACACCACCAACCGUCAUUGCCACACCAUUCACAACAACAACAACAACAGCAGCAGCAGCAGCAGCACCACUACGACCAACAACAGCACCACGAUGAUGGUGGUGUAUCUGCGGCGGGGCCCGGCCUCAACACAGCCCCCGUCCGCGGGCUGCGCAACAUCGGCAACACGUGCUAUCUCAACUCCAUCCUGCAAUGCCUGGCGCACUGCCAGCCAUUCCAUGCCGCCGUGGCGUCAGCAGCAUCGCCAGCAAAGGACGACGACGCAUGCGGCAGCUCAAUGCACUGUGGAAGAGGCAUGACGAAGUAUUCACUCGGCACGAAGCCAACAACAACGGCCAUCACCAACAGCCCUGCGCGCGUGCUGGUGAAGGAAAUCAAAGGUCUGCUUGCUGACAUGUGGGCUGAUGCAUCACGCAGCGAUGCACACCUGUCACCAUCAUCGUCCUCGUCGUCAGCAUCCCCGCAAUCACAGCAAUCACGGCAUGCGAAUGCCUACUACAACUACAACAACAACAGCAGCAGCAGCAGCAACAACAAUAGUAUGGGCAGGCGGCAUGCAUCACAGCGUCGCACAAGCUCCUUCUCCACAGCCAUUGCGCCCACGCGCAUCAAGUCGCAUCUUGGACGCGUCAACCCGGAGUUUGCCGGAUUCCGACAGCAGGACGCACACGAGGCGCUCCAGUACUUGAUCAACGCACUGCAUGAUGACAUCAACUGCCCGUCGCUUCUUGUGCCGCAGCUGUCAGCUGUGGGGCGUUGUCGCGGCAGUGAUGAUGGUGAUGGUGAUGAUGAUGUUGAUGAUGAUGGUGGGCUGGGCUCUGCUGACGAUGCUGAGGGUGAUGACGAUGGUGAUGUGUUUGACGGUGACAGCAACGUGGAGCACUACUCCAUGACUGCCCCCACACCGUCCAAUGGGGAAGAUGGAAGCAGAAACAACAAAACGCAGCGCUUGGCACUGACACAGCCGCUGCCUGCAGGCAACACGUUGUCACGUGCAGGCGCACAGAAAGCAAAGCGUGAUGGCCGGCCCACAUCCAACACGAGGCGGCAGGCUGGCCCGCGGUUUCGGGUGCAGCGGUGGCUGUCCGGUCGACGCGAACGGCACUCCGCAGAACCGCACAGAGACCCGCGCCAGCACCAACGCGAACCACGACACCCAUCCGCCCCACCACUGGCGACAAUGGCAACAGCAGCAGCGGCGUCACGUGACGAUGACGAGGUCGAUGUGGGUGUAAGCAUUGAUGGCGACGGUGCCCCUACAUCGCCAUCACCACCACUACCACCGUCAUCAACAUCAACAAUGUCAGCGUCAGCGUCACGGCCACGGCCAACAACACGACGCAAAGCGGCUUCAACGGGCACAGGGUCGGAUACGAAGCAGGGCAGCAUCUCGCGACUGCGGGCCGUACAGCGACUGCUGCCCCGUCGGUCGCGCCCAACGUCGCACUCAACGUCGGCAGCACACGCGCCAGCACGGACAGCAGCAGCAGCAGCAGCAGCAGGUGUGCUGGCAUCAGGGAACAAGGCAGGUGCUGUUGGUGGCAGUGGUGGUGGUGAGCGGAAGCGACAGCGUUCACAAUCGAGGACGCCAUCGGGCGGCGCAGGUGCGAGUAUGGGUAUAACCCAUCACAGCACCCAUCAUCCUCAUCGAAGCGACGGAGAGAGUGGCAGAAGGAAUGCCAUCAUGCCCACAACACAGCUAACCACGCUGGAGCAACGUCGCGCGUAUGUGAAAGAGCUGAGGGCGCUGAUGGAGGCUGAGACGCGCCCGACAGCCAAGUUCCGCAUGUGCCAGCAGCUGGCCGACGUGUUUGACCGCAGCAGCGUGUACGAUGCCUUGCGCGGGUGGCUGCGGGUGCGCCGUCAAUGCCUCGUGUGCAACCACACGGAGGUGCUGUUUGAGCACUUUCUCAACCUCUCCCUGCCGAUUGUCGCCAACGCGCGCGCGCAGCACACGUACCGCCCCGUUAGUCGACGCCGUGUGCGUGGUGACGACGGCAACAGUGGUGGCGGUGGGGUGACGCUGCCUCCUUUGCACGACCGCCCCCUCAGCUACAAACCAUCCACUUCAUCUCAGCCGUCCUUGCUCGAUUGCUUUGCGGCGUUCACGGCCACAGAGGAGUUGACGGGCGACAACAAGAUCAGGUGUGAGCGGUGCAGGUGCAACCAGCCAUCAGCACGAAGCUUUUCACUUCACCGACUCCCUCCCAUCCUCAUCGUCCAUCUCAAACGCUUCGAGUUCAUUCAGCACCGAAGUCGCAAGAUUGACUCACCUGUUCAUAUCCCUUUUACCCUGGACCUCGCCCCUUUUGCUUCAGAGAGCGGUGAGGGCCACGAAUAUGAGCUGUGCGCCGCCACCAUGCAUGCAGGGUCCGUGCAUGGUGGACACUACACAGCACUGUGUCGCCACCCGGUCAGCAAACAGUGGUUCAACUGCAACGAUGCCUCCAUCUCCACCAUCGACACCCCGUCCCCGUCUCGCCUUCAACACGCCUACCUCCUCUUCUACCACCGCAGCAGGAGCAUGUGA